UUCUAGAUUCAUCGAAUCAACACGCCUCGAACUCUCUACUCUGUGGAAACUAUGCCUUGGUAUCAACUUAAGAUGGGAUGCCCUGUUGCAAACUGUGAAAACCAGCAGAAAUUGCUUAGUUGGGUUUGCUCUGAGGACCAAGACGACAUGUUUGUCUGUGAACAAGGUCGGCUUUCCUGCAGAACAAAAGCUCAUGAUGACUCUAUCAUCAACUGGAAAUUCGACUGCGGUAGUCGUGAUGGACCACACAGAAAUAUCCACUUCCAUAGCCCAGACUUCGCAGGGUUUGCUCAUGCCAUAGCUAUUGGAGUUCCUCUACUUUCCGAGGCAGGAGCAAAGUGGCUUUCCACUCUUAUGACAAAUAUAGAGAAGCAGUUUAAACCCGAUGCGUAAAACUGACUUUACAUGCAGUACGUCACAACAUUGAAAACUAGCGAAAUUUUCACGCCAACAAGUAUAGCAUACUAAAUCCCUCACUGGAACACAGUUUGAUCUAUGGUUUUGUAAAAGCUUUAGCUUAUAGUACACAGUUUUAAUUUCAGGCAAACAUUAGGAUGAGACGAUUUUAAUUAAAAAGAAAUUAUUAAAAUA